AUGGGAUGCAUUUCUUCGAAAGUCAUCAUGACCAGAUCAAAUAGCUUGAAGGAAAAGAUGAACCAGAGCUUUCAGAGAAUGGCCAAGGGCUUUACUGUUUUGGAAGACCUAUGUUUACCUAGGAAUGGUGGUGACCCUGUCCUUUCCCUUGUGUGCAGUGCUCACAACGUAGUAGCUGGAAAACUCCAUAUUAGGAACUUGACAUUGCAUUCUGAUAGAGACAUGCGAUCACCUCCCGAGGCUAUGAGUCCAGAGAUCAUCCAUACAUGGGAUUUGAUGGCAGGCCUGGAAGAAGAACAAGAUGAUGAUGAAGGAAAACAACAACAAUCACCACCAAGAGUUGAGACGGCUGCUAGUGUAGGUGUUGGUGGAACUGGAACCGGAACUGAUUUAUCUACCCUGGAGGCUUUAAAGGAACCCUUUUUGUCCAAAAAGCUACUGACUCUUAUUGAAAUUUUGUCUACUUUUAGGUUACAGCCAAAUAUGAAAUGCAUUGUUUUUGUGAAUCGGAUCAUUGUUGCAAGGUCCUUGUCCUUCAUUCUCAAGAACUUGAAGUGCUUAGAAAUUUGGAAGAGUGAUUUCCUGGUAGGGAUCCAUUCUGGACUCAAGAAGAAUAUGUCUCGGAAAAUCAUGACUUCCAUUGUUGAGAAGUUCCGCUCCGGGGAGUUGAAUCUGUUGGUUGCAACUAAAGUGGGGGAAGAAGGACUUGAUAUUCAGACAUGCUGCCUUGUAAUAAGGUUUGAUUUACCAGAAACUGUUGCCAGUUUUAUACAGUCUCGAGGCCGUGCACGGAUGCCACAGUCCGAGUAUGCUUUUUUGGUUAACAGGGGAAACCGGAAAGAUGUUGACCUGAUCGAAAGUUUUCUAAGUAACGAGGAUCAUAUGAAUAAGGAAAUUACAUGUAGAACAUCUGGAGGGACAUUUAAAGCAAUUGAGGAUGCAAUCUACAGAGUUGAUAUUACUGGUGCCUCAAUUAAUGCUAACUAUAGUGUUUCCUUACUCCACCAUUAUUGCUCCCAACUCCCUCAUGAUGAAUAUUUCAACCCUACGCCAGAAUUCUUUUACUUUGAUGAUUUAGAAGGAACACUCUGCCAUAUAAUUCUACCAUCUAAUGCUCCCAUUCGUGAAGUUAUCGGUGUAUCCCAGCCUUCAAAAGAAUUAGCUAAGAGAAAUGCUUGUCUGAGAGCAUGCGAAGAAUUGCAUAAACUGGGUGCCCUCACAGACUAUCUUCUACCAGGCCAAGUUGAUGAAAUGGAAGGAUUAGCGUUGCCAUCAUCCAACUCUGGGAGAAGUGAAGAUGAGUCCUUGCGAGGAGAAAUUCAUGAGAUGUUAAUACCUGCUGCUCUCAGAGUACCAUGGAAUAACUCCGAAAAUAUUAUCAUACUUAAUCUUUAUUUUAUAAGUUUUACGCCUAUUCCAGAAGAUAGACUGUACCAAAGAUUUGGUCUUUUUGUAAAAGAACCUCUUCCGGGGGAGGCUGAGAAAAUGGAACUUGAUCUUCAUCUCGAUCAUGGUAGAAUUGUGAGGACAAAUCUUAUUCCUUCAGGGUUGAUUGAAUUUCUUAAGGAUGAGAUUUUGCUAGCAGAGCAUUUUCAAGAAAUGUUUCUCAAGAUCAUACUUGACCGCACUGAAUUCCUUUCUGACUUUGUACCCUUGGGGAAGAAUGAGUUAUCUCAAUCAUCAACCUUUUACUUGUUGCUUCCCGUCAAGGAGCAUGUACAUGAAAAUGCAAUGACUGUUGACUGGGAGAUUGUUAGAAGGUGCUUAUCUUCACCAAUUUUCAAAUUUCCCACAGGUGCUUUUGAAAAUAGUGCUCUUCCUGUCAACCAGACCUUGAAGCUUGCUAGUGGUCCUACAAAGAUAACUGACAUCUUGAACUGUUUGGUGUUCGUCCCACACAAGAAGUCGUUUUUUUUCAUUGAUGGCAUUCUUUCUGAAAAUGGAUACAGCCCAUUUAAGGAUUAUUCAAGCUAUGAAGAGUACUUCAUGAAGCAGCUUGAGAUUCGCCUUUUAUACCCUGAACAGCCUCUUUUGAAGGCAAAACAGCUUUUUAUUUUACGGAAUUUACUUCAUAACCGGAUACAAGAGGAUACAGUUGGCCGAAAAAAAAAGGAGCACUUUGUUGAGUUACCUCCAGAGCUUUGUCAAUUGAAGAUAAUUGGUUUUUCCAAAGACAUAGGGAGUUCAUUGUCUUUAUUACCAUCAAUAAUGCAUCGUCUGGAAAAUCUUCUUGUGGCAAUUGAGCUCAAGGAGAUGUUGUCAGCUUCAUUCCAAGAGGCAUCUGAAGUUACUACCUCUCGUGUCUUAGAAGCUCUCACAACAGAGAAGUGUUUGGAGCGCUUUUCACUUGAAAGACUUGAAGUACUUGGUGAUGCUUUCCUCAAGUAUGCAGUUGGAAGGCACCUUUUUCUUUUGUACGAAGCUCUUGAUGAAGGAGAAUUGACCAGGAGACGUUCUAAUAUUGUAAAUAACUCUCAUCUGUACGAACUAGCAACUAGGAGCAAUUUACAGGUGUACAUACGUGAUCAACCAUUUGAGUCCUGCCAAUUCUUUGCAGUUGGUCGUCCUUGUCCAAUAAUCUGUGAUAAGGACACAGAAAUAAUUGAUUGUCAGCAAAAAUGUGGAAGCAUAGCAUCAGCUCCAGCUGAUGCUAUUGAUGUGAGGUGUAGGUGCCAUCAUUGGUUAUACAGGAAAACUAUUUCAGAUGUGGUGGAAGCCUUGAUUGGGGCGUUCUUAGUUGACAGUGGCUUCAAAGCUGCAAUUGCAUUUCUUAGAUACAUCGGUAUAGAAGUGGACUUUGAAGAUUCACAAGUUUCUACAAUUUGCAUAGCAAGCCGAGGCUACAUGUCACUUGAUGAUUCUGUGGAUAUUGCUGCCCUUGAAAAUUUGUUAGGAUACCAGUUUCUGCAUAAAGGUCUUCUUGUACAGGCAUUUGUCCACCCUUCUUAUAAGCAUCCUUUAGGAGGAUGCUAUCAGCGACUUGAGUUUCUCGGAGAUGCUGUCUUGGAUUACUUAAUAACAUGUUAUCUAUAUUCAGUUUAUCCAAAGCUAAAGCCAGGGGAGUUGACUGAUUUGAGGUCGAUGUAUGUAAAUAAUAAUUCCUUUGCCCGCAUAGCAGUUUGCCGAUCCUUUCACAAGUAUCUUAUCUCUGGUUCAGAUAGCCUCUCUGAGGCAAUCACAAAGUUCGUAACUUUUAUGCAAACACCUGCUUCAGGAAAAGGCUUAAUUGAGGGGCCUACAUGUCCAAAGGUUCUUGGUGAUUUGGUCGAGUCUUGUGUUGGUGCUGUGCUUCUUGACACUGGUUUUAACUUGUACCGUGUUUGGGAACUAAUGCUAUCGUUUGUGGAGAUAAUAAUGAACUUUUCGAGCCUGCAAUUUAAUCCUAUUAGGGAGCUCCAUGAACUUUGCCAGUAUCAUAAGUGGGAAUUGCUGUUUUCAAGUUCAAAGAUGGGGAGAGACUUUGUAGUUGAAGCAUCUGUCAUUGGAAAUGAUUUUGAUUCAAGUGUUAGUAUAACAAACCUCAGCAAGAAGACUGCUAAGAAAAUGGCUGCACAAAAAAUAUUCAUGAGACUUAAGGAGCAAGGGUACGGUCGCAAAAACAAAACCGAGAGAUUUUUGGCUAAAAAUCGUAAACAGGAACCAAAACUCAUUGGAUAUGAUCAGUUACCGGUUGUUGUUCCCGAGUGCAAUGAUCUCGAGGCCUUGAAGAGACAAGAUGCUUCUCCGGUAAUUAAGCAACGUAGCGGCUCCAAGAAGAACUCGCAAGACUCUGGUGUUCCAUCCACUGGAACUGCUAGAUCUCGUUUGUAUCAAAUUUGUGCCAUAAAUUAUUGGAACCCUCCUUUGCUUGAAUGCUGCAAAGAGGAAGGGCCAGACCACCUUAAGUUGUUCACAUUCAAGGUUACUGUUGAAAUGGAAGAGGCGUCGAAAACUGUGUUUGAGAGUUUUGGUGCACCUCAGCCAAGCAAGAAAGCUGCAGCAGAACAUGCAGCAGAAGGGGCCUUAUGGUAUUUAAAGAAGAAAGGCUACUAACGGAAGGAUCCUCUCUCUCUCUCUCCUAUUUACAUGAAGUGACCUCAUUGGUGUUCUCUCUAUGCCGCAUGCAUAGAGAACCAUCUUCGAGAAAACAGAUAAUCUUUGUACAUGGUUUCGUGCCUAACCAUUUGUCCAAUUUGGGCGAUUGUCUAUAAGAGGAUUCACCAAUGUAUUUUUUUUUUUUUUUGUAAUUUGGUCUGUGAAUAGAUCUGACGAUUUUUAACUCUUUCAUUUUCUAGGGAAACAAUGCUUAUGAUAUGUUAAUAGUUAUUUUAGCAGAAAAA